AUGGCCGAGACAGUGCAAGCAGAGGCCCAAUACGAUGCAUCUGAUGACGAGCUUCAACCGGCGGAGUCGAUACCCAUCGACCGCGCUGGUGUCGUAGAGAGUGAUGUGAUGGCGGAACUUCCCUACAAGCAUGAACUUGACAGGAAAAUACAAAUCACCGAGGACAUUUCUGAUAAAAAACAAGCGGUACAACUGCAAGUAGCACACCGACGGAAAAGUCCAAAAACUGGGAAGGCGGAAUACCAGCUGAGAAAAAUCGGUGAUGUGACAGGCAAAUUGUAUUCCAAUGGCAAGUGGUACAGAGAGAAGGAUGUGAGGCGACUCUAA